AUGUAUGAUCACCAUGGAAAUCUGCUGUCACAUUUUCAAAUUCCUGAUGUCGUGCUUGAUCAAAAGGCUUUACUUACUGAAAAUAUGAAUAAGAAUCUGGUGGAUUUAGUACGUUGGUUUCCUCUUGAAAAAGGAUUAUCAGUGGAUAACAAAACGAAUAUUCGUCUACAUCCACUAAUCUAUGCUAAUCCAAUUGUUCUGACAGCAACAAUCAGUCAAUCAAGUGUGGAUGAUACAAACUUCCCAUAUACAAAUUUACUGCAUAUUCCAUUAAAUUUCAUCUCUUAUCCAUAUGAUUCAACAGGACAGAAUGAAUCAUCCUCUGGAGUAUUGAUAGCAGCUAUCGUCAAUAUACCUCGUUGUGUUUUAUUAUUUCACUCAUCAUCGACUGAAUUUAAUUCAUGUGUACCGUAUCUUAAAGUGUUAGAAAUUGAUUGGUUAUCCUCCAAAAUGGCUCCGUAUAUUUUUUCAUCACCAACACUAAAGGCUAAUCUAGUAGAAGAGACUCAUGUAAAGGAUCAUACACAAAUCAAUAGUUAUUCCAGUUUUAUCACUACUUUGAGUGGAAAUCUACACAUUAUUAAAAUAUCACUAUUAACUGGAAAGAAGAAAAUUUCCCAUAAAGAUGAUGAUGGUAAUGAUGCUGUUUCUGUCUUGUAUUCUAUGCAUAUAUCUCCAAUGACAUUAUCAUGUAUACCAGCACCGUGUCCUUCAGAGAAGACUAACCGCAGUAUAUUUCAGUCCAACAAUAUGCCACGCUCUUGCUGUCUCUUGUUAGAUACUCAUUCUUGUCUACGCCUUGUUCAUAUUUUACCAAUAAAAAGUUAUUAUUAUCGUCAUCCUCGUAUCUAUUGGACUUACUGUCCUAUAGUAUCAUUAUCAGCAGCAGGUGAGCAUGGUGAACAAACUAGUCAGGUGAAAAUUGUUCCUGGUUGUAAGGAAAUACGAAAUUGUCCACCAUGGUGUGUUUAUUCAACACCAGAUGGUUAUGCACAUGCUGUUGACAUUGAGACAGGUUUAUCAGCUCCAGGAUAUCCUAUUCAAUUACGCACUACAGUUCCUAAUGUUACAGACCUUUCUAUAAGCACAGGAGUAUUAUAUCAGAGAGAGGAUUCAACAUAUUGGAUGCUUUUUACUGAUGUUCAUGGAAAUUUAAUCCAUCUACGAUUGCAUAAUCCAUUAGUGAUAUUUCAUUAUGAUGAUUUACUGCAACGUCAUCAUUCCACAUCAAACCGGUCAUCAUUACCUUUACAAUUAAUACCUGUUGUAUUGAAGUCAUCGAAAUUGCCAGCAUACCUUUUAUUAUCAAGUCAAGGUGUAUUAUUUUUGAAAAGUAAAUUUUUCCAAGAUCCAAUUAUUCCAACAUCAUUAUUAGCUUAUUCAAAAUCUAUCGACAAAACGCUUGACAGUUAUAUUGACAAUCAAAUGAAUCCUUUUCAAUUUAUUAGCGUUGAGUUUGUAAAUGAUCACUUUGAACCAAUAAAUUCUAUCAUACUGGAUGAAAAUAAAAAAACAAUUAACUAUUUGAUAAAAGAUUGUUCCUUUCAUUCAACCAUCCUUAAUGAAUCUCGAUUGGCUAAACGAUUUCUGGUUAGAUUAAUAACCUCAUUUGGUGUACCAAUAUCACAAUGGUCAAAUGUAUAUGUGACACCUCAUAGUGGAAUACAAAGAUGUGGUAAUUGUGAUUGUUCAACAGGAUUCUUGUCAGUUGAUAGUCUACCUCUUGGUCCAUAUCGUGGUGAAUUAUACUUAUCAGUGAUUGAUUCAACUAAUGGUUAUUUUAUAAGAAAUUAUCGAAUACUAUCAUCUGAUUGUAUAGAGAUUUCAGCACAUACUAUCUUAGAAAUUGGAGUAUAUCAAACAGAAUUAAUAAUAAGUUUAAUUUAUUUGCCUGGAGUUUAUUUAAUCCUUGGAUUAAAGAUUAUGCAUUGGUUCUCUACUAAGAAACAAAUACAAUAUACAAUACAAAAGACAAUAGUAUAG